CGAAACGUUCCACUGUUAGAUAAUUCAACGUUUCCUUACUAUCAACCACUAACCCAUUCAUUUCAUUUAGGUUUUAUGUCCCAACGUCACACGUGUACAAGACCGAUAUCGAGUUUUUUGCAUUAUUAUUGUUUCGUCGUUAUACCAUGAGGGUCAUGUGGAAAUUCAUUAUAGUGAUGUAUUUUAUAGCUUUGGUGGGAUCAAGAGGAACAGGCGCCGCGACGGCAAGAUUGAGGAUGAAGAAUGAAGAUAUAGGAAGAAGGUUUGCUUUGCAUAAUAAGCUCCAACGAGGUCCGGUCCCUCCGUCACAGCCUUCUCUAUGUCACAACAAACUAAAACCUUUUUCUCGUUCAAAAGUUUAUUAUUCCCACACUUAUGUUGCUUGCCCUUGA